UCGAUGUGAUUUUAUCACUGCCUAAGCUAAUAUGGGAUAUGCUGAAAUAGUUUAGCGGCGAAAUAACCUAUGCCAAUGUUCUUAUUUGCAUCAUGUUAGCGUCUUUAUGUACUUUGAUUUAUUGGUACCUGCGACCUUUUAUUAAAUGGUUCUUAAGAAGGACAACUAAAUUGUGUGAAAUCCAGCGUAUUUGUUAUGGAGAACGACCUGGAGCCCCAAGGACCUUAAAAGUUGAAUAUUCUUUAGUUAACUCGAGGUCUUGUGCAAUUCAACAUCUUAUAAAACAGUUGGAUAAUCUUGCUGCUUUUGAAAAAUUCAGGAGUGACGAUAGAUAUCACAUAAUUAGUUACGCAACAAAUAUAAUAUUGGACGUUAAGGGCAUCAACCCAAAAAUUCAUCCUCAGUUUGUUAAAUCGUUUGGUAAAUGUGUAGAACUUAUUUGGGGCUAUCAACAGUUGUUGCACAUUGUUGAAAGUCUUCGUGUGACUCGGUAUGAUGCUAGCAAUACCAUUCAUGAAACAAAGCUACUCAGACUGUGGACCCUGUUAAUGCCAAAUGUGCCUCUUGAAUCAAGGGUUACCAAGCAAUGGCAAGAGAUCGGUUUUCAAGGGGAUGAUCCUAAGACAGACUUUCGAGGUAUGGGGCUGCUAGGACUUGAGAACCUUAUUUAUUUUGUGGAAGAAUACCCAGGAUCUGCAAGCCAUGUUUUAUCACACUCGAAUCAUCCGCAGUAUGGAUAUGCAUUUGCAAUAGUUGGCAUAAAUUUAACUAGUAUGGCAUACCAUUUGCUUAAAGAAGGAACAGCUAAGACUCACGUGUAUAAUGUUACGAAAACUAUACCGACUAUCAAAACAUUUCACCAGUUAUACUCUUAUUUAUUUUGUGAAUUCGACAAGUUUUGGAUUGAGUCCAAACCACGUAGUAUGAUGGAGUUUGCUUUCAUUAAAGAAAGGUUUGAAAAGAGUGUUAGAUCAAAUUUGUUGGAUUCUAACUGUGUUUUAAGGAUAAAUGUUUUGAUUGAUUGCAUUUAAGUUUUCUUGCCCCACUCAUGCUUGUCGAAGGAUGCUAGUUUAAACCAUAAGCUUCUUCAUAUUGAUGCAUAUGAUGCUUGUACCUACUCAACUAAUGUUUGGCAGAGCCAUUCAUAACUAAUGAAUCAACAGCUCA